CUGCGGCUGCUGCGAUCAGUUGUGAGUCGUAGUCAGAGGCGAGCGGACGUAACUGCCACUGGAGGAAGAAGAAUCUGUGGAAGAAGCAAACGAAAACAAAGUAGAAGAAAGAAGCAGAACAAGAAGAAGAAAAAGAAGUAGAAGCAGAAGAUGUCGAGCUUAAAGCAUUCGCUUUUGCUUCUCUUUGUCUGCCUUGUGGCAAUGUCUGCCAUUGCCGGCGCUGCCGGCUCUGGCAAGGGACGCAAGAAGGGCGUGGCUUGCCCGCCCACCAAAUUGAAGCGCCAGUGGGGCGGGAAGCCGGCGCGUGGCAUCAAUUAUCAGCUGCGGCCGAUACGUUAUGUGAUUAUCCAUCACACGGUGACGGCCGAGUGCUCCAGCUUCAUUGAGUGCGCCGACAUAUUACAGGGUAUGCAGGGGUAUCACCAGACAGAGCUGAACUACUUCGACAUUGGCUACAACUUUCUUAUAGGGAAUGAUGGACUGGUCUACGAGGGCACCGGCUGGGGCGUAAGAGGCGCGCAUACCUAUGGCUACAAUGGGAAUGGAACGGGCAUUGCUUUCAUCGGCAACUUCGUGGAUAAGUUGCCAUCGGAAGCCGCUUUGAAUGCCUGCCGCAAGCUGUUGGAAUGCGGCGUUAAGUUGGGCGAGCUGAGGGAGGAUUAUGACUUGAUUGGAGCAUCCCAGGUGAUAACUACUCUGAGUCCAGGUCUGACACUCUACAAUGAAAUACAGGAAUGGCCCCAUUGGCUGUCAAAUCCAUAGGGAGAGAGAGAGAGACAGAUAUAGAGAGAGAAAGAGAAUCAAUUUUAUUUUUACUAUUUUUUUGUUGUUUUGCAUCGACUUGUGUUUUGCACACAGCUACGUUGCUAAUAUGAUAAGCAAUAAAACGAAAACA